UCUCUGUCUUAGCAUAAGAUACCUAGCGACAUGGAGGAGGUCGUACUCGACAGGACCGACGAAACAAGUGUCUGUGUACAAGAUGGCGGCGCCCGGGGCCUUAACUGUCGUGAAAAUCGCCAGGAAGUAACCCGUAAACGGAAGCCGCGCGGUGUCGCAGCGAGCCGCGGAUCCCCGCUCCGAAGGAUGUGAUCCGAGGAAGAAGAAGAAGAAGGCCGAGUCCGGGCCAGAGGAGCCUUUUUCUACACUGCCACGAGGAAAUUCGGAUUAUCCAAAUUCCUCGGGCCAGUAUCCUAAUCCUCUUCGUGGCCACGCCGACGAUGGAGCCCAGGGAACGCUAUCAGGAGCUCUGCAGACUUUGCGCAUCCUACGACGCCGUCAAGAUGGACAUCUUCGGUCAAGAAGGCAAGAAUAGACAGCUCGUUGACAAAAUUCAAGCCUGUCUGCCGUUUCAGAUUGCAGAAGAUGAUCGUCUACCAAAAUGCCUCUGUUACCGGUGCAUGUACAAUUUGGAAAAUUUCUAUGAUUUUAGAACAGCAUGUGUCAAUGCAGUGGCCCUCUUGGAAAGAUGUUUACCACCCUCAGAAUUGGUUGGAGGUGUUGCGACCACCCUAACAUGUGGCAAUGAUUUACAGCUGUCAAAGAGAAAGGAAAGUAUACCAAUGUUGAUUCCAGAGGCUCCUAUUGUCAAUCCAAAUGCUGCCUUAGGCACACCGCCUAGAUUAAAUUUCGACGAGGAGGCUGACCAUGAGGCAGAAGACAUUGUUGACAACAGUGGCACGGAUGAAGCAACGCUGGUAGAUGAUUCUGAGGAUCGCCGUUCAGAGGAGUAUGAAAUGGAUAUGGAAACAAAUCCGAGUGAUUUUUUGGAAAUGACUUCGAUAGUUACGGAAGAACCCGCAGAAUCAGAGUCGCGACAUCAAGAACUUUCUAACAGCUUGCCGGAGCAUGCAUCUCAACAACAUGAAGUUUACGUUUGUUCUUUGUGUAACAAAGCAUUCAGUUCAAAGGGUCAUUUAUCUCUGCAUGCGCGCAUUCACGUUGGGGCUGGCGAUGUGAUCGGUGAAAAAGUUCUUACAGACGAUCAUACUUCCUACAAGAGACCCUAUCAGUGUGAUCUUUGUCACAAAUCUUAUUCAACUGCAAAGCAUCGUUGGGGCCAUGUUUCAACGACUCAUAGAGGCCACCCGGCAGUGACAUGCGGUUAUUGUUCCCGGAUCUACUCGACCCGUACAAAUUUGGAAGAACAUAUAAAAUCACGUCAUGCUGGUCUUCCAGCGCCCACGGAGGUUCCAGUGAACAAUUCCUAUCGUCCGGAAAAUAGAUGUCAGUGCAAUGCUUGCGGAAAGAUUUGCACGGAUCCUAUGGAAUUGAAUCUUCAUGGCAGGAUCUGCGUUGAAGAACGGAGAUUAGAUCAUUUGGGGAAAAAUGAGAGUAGAGAUAAUAAAAUCGUGGAUAGUUCCGAAGCGUCGAGUAUUGGUAGCGAUGACGACAGCAAAGAUUAUAGGAGCGUAGAAGCAAAGCUAGCUAAAAAUCCUCAAUUGACGAUCUUAAAACAAGCAUUAACGAAAGGAGACAGCCUUAAACGUGAUUUUGAAGACAAGUUCACAACGAAUUGCAAACCAAAAAAGCUACCAAAAACAGAAAAUACAGACAUGAGAAACGACAAAAAAUGGUACUGUGAAACCUGUCCUCAACUUUUCACGUCAGUUGAUGAUCUGAAAGAGCACGAAGCGAUACACAACACAGAUAAGCCAUUUGUCUGUAUUCUCUGUAAAAAAGAUUUUGCUCUCAAGUCUUCCUUAAGCAGACACAUUCAAACUUUGCACGGCGUUGACCCGUGCCCUAUCAUAGAAAGCGACAAGUGUUUGAAAAAGAUCGUUUCACGGAAUUGGAACGAAUCUAUGGAUCUCGAUUUCGAGGGCAAAGCUUCUUCCGAGUUUCCAUUAUCCCCGGAGAUAAACGCUGAAAAUGAGGAAGAGGAUCGCGAGAGCGGGCAAGAGAACCUCAUUGAAAUUGAAACGGUAUUCGUUUGCGAGAUCUGUACCCGUGAUUUCAAUGACCGCGCGUCUCUUUGGCUUCACAUUCGAGCCACUCACAAAGAAUUUGCAGCGUUCGCGUGCGGUGUUUGUUUGAAGAUCUGUGCGGACAAUACGCAACUUCUGAAUCACGUGAACAUGUAUCACGGUGGUUCAAAAUUGUUACUUUCCGAGCAGAGAAGGUACAGCUGUACGAUUUGCGGUAGACAGCACGACUCUAGAAAGAAGUUAAUCGCACACGUAUCUAUACAUAACGUAGAUCCAAAUUACGACCCUGCAACCUUCGUCCAGUUGAAUAGCAAUUACUACGGGGAAAAUAUAAACGGUAAUGAGCAUAUACUUGAUUACGAAGAAGACGGAGAUAAAGUAGAUUGUUACAUUUGUUAUAAAUCAUUUCCCAACGAGGAUCAUUUGAUACGGCAUCAAAGAAAUGCACACAGGUCUGAACAGCUAAUGUCGACAGGUGACUCUUUAAAUCCAUCCAAUUUAAAUGGCGGUGGAAACAGAGCUCAGUAUCAUCUUUUCUUUGUCUGUGAACUUUGUGGUAGCUCGCAUCCCAGUAAAUGGGAACGUUGGUUACACGUCAGCUCUUCCCACUGCAACGAGCCAGCUAUAAAAUGCGACCGUGAAGAUUGUGGUAAAAUCUUUGCUACGAAGUCGCUUAGAAACGAUCACAUUCAGCAUCAUGCGAUCCAGGGCUCGUCUCCGAAUACUUGCGAGAUUUGUGGUAAACUUUGGGGCAGCAGAGUCGAUUACUGGAAACACGUUAUGGGUGUUCAUUCGGACACGGUUCCGUUGAUAUGUGGCGUGUGCCUGAAAGUGUUCCCGAACGUGUUACAAUUAAGUACUCACGUGAAAUCGAAACAUUGGCCGUUGACGAACGGCGAUUUUAGUUGCGAUAUAUGCGGAAGGCCGUACUCGAACAAAUCGAAAAUGUCCAGACAUAGAAAAAUUCACGGUUUCGAGGAAGCUUGCAACAACGGAAUGGAAAAUAACGACCAUAAAGCAGAUGGACGGAUCAGGGAGACAGAAUUAAAUUGCGAGCUCUGUGCGGAUUUGAAAUUCACUAGUUUAGAGAAAUUAUGUAAUCAUAGACGAAUCGUUCAUGGACUUUUCCCUUGCGAUCUUUGUAAUAAAUGCUACGGGAGAACAUCACACUUAUGGAAACACGUGAAUAGGGUUCAUAAAGGUCACGAGGAUGUGACGUGUCCUUACUGCUUGAAAACUAGCGCUUCGAAGGAUCACUUGGCAGCCCAUAUUUCAAAAAUUCAUAGAUACGAACCUGACUCUAGAAAAGAUGGGAAAAAUAAUAGGCAAUUUAAAACCGAGGAAGUCAGUUUACAUUAUUGCGAAAAAUGUAAUAAGGGAUUUCAUAAACGGUACCUUUUGCGUAGACAUAUGAAAGGAUGUCAGAAUUAUAGAAAAGAUCCUGGAGCAUUACUGACAAGAUGCAGAGCCUGCGAAAGAAUAUUUAAGGAUCGUGCCAGUUUACAAAAGCAUAUUGAGAAUCACCAUAGUACAUAUACAUGUCAUCUUUGCAAUGAAACCAUCACCUCAAAAUUGGGCAUCAUGACACACAAUAGAGUGAAACAUAUGGAUCAUCCGGAUUUAACUUGUAAUUUUGGAGUUUGUAGAAAGUUGUUCAGAACAAAGGAAGAUUUAGAAGCCCAUAGGAAAGAUCACAGGUAUCAUACGAACCCCAAUGUCUGUGACUUUUGUGGCGACACGGUUGAGAAUAAACUGAAAUUAAAGAUGCACGUGUUGUCGCUCCACCGUAAUGAAAUUGGCGUUUCUUGCGGAGUAUGUUUGAUCCCGAUGAAGGAUCCCAAAGAGCUUAAAAGUCAUGUGGAGGAAGUUCAUUCCAGUGUUCUUUCAAGACCAAACACCUGUCAGGUCUGUGGGAAACAAUAUGCUUCAAAAUGGAAAGCUUUUGAUCAUACUAAAAAAUGUCACGGGAAAGUAUUCCGGACUUGUAAACAGUGUUUAGCUGUUUUUACGGAAGAUUCCGCUAUUAGAGAUCAUUAUGAAAUGGUACAUAACGUUCCAAAAGAUCAGCUUGCUGCAUUUGAAUAUAGAUUGGACAUUGGAUCGAAGAACGAAGAUUUUGAAAUGGAAUCUCCUGACAUUAUUGUCAAAGAGGAGCCAGAUGAUCUAGAGUACGAUGUAGAUCUUUGCGACGAGGAUUCCAGUGAUUCAAAACGGAGAAGAUCUUUAACGGACACCUUUGAUUGCGAAAUGUGUCCGGAAAUGUUUAUAAACAGUGACGCCCUUUCGAAACACUAUCGUAAUAUGCACAAUACUGAUCCAGAAAGAAUGUUCAAGAGAUUAAAGCAAGAGGAACAGAGAAGGAUGCGAGGAAAAAUGAGUUUUGUUUGCAAGAAUUGUAAGAGACAAUUCUGUACGAAAACACUGUACUGGAGCCAUGUGGCGACCUGCAGAAGAAAUAUUUUGCGAAAAGAAGUAGAACUUUUGCCUCUGCGAAAUGAUAUUUUGGAUAAUCGGGAAGAAAUUUUGAAAAAUAAUAAUCAGAUUAAAAAGGAAGAGCCUACGUCGAAUUUGAAUAUUCCUGACUUCAAUCUUUUCGAAGAUAUAAAUCUUCAGUUGUCAGGUCAGAGACCACUUCCAAAUCUCAUGCCGCUUUCUCAGAGGGUGAAACCCUCGAUAAAGUGUUCGAGGAAGGACUCGAGAAAAGUUUACGAUGAAUCGACGAAUACAGAAUGUGCCUGCGAAGUGUGUGGAAAACAGUGGCCAGCGAAGAAACAUUUAUGGCAACAUUUAAUUCGCUUUCAUCGAGCAGAGGCUGCGGUUACUUGCGGAGUGUGUCUGAAACUUUGCAAAGAUUACGAUGAUUUAGCAGAGCAUUUGAAAGCCACGCACGAAGCAAUCCUAUCAUGCGAGGGGAACAAUUUUACGUGUAAAACGUGUGGCAGGUAUCAUAAUGCACGCAGUAAGCUAUUACUGCAUACGAGUAUCCACAUUGGGCAUUCGAGUAAUGGAACUUCGUGUCCAAAAUGCCACAAAAAUAUUACCGACGAAACUGAUCAUCCUAAUACCUGUUCUGGCAAGACAGAAGAGGAAGAGGAUGAGGAGGAAGAAGAGGAAGAGGAACAUUUGAAGAACGAGCAAAAACCGGAAGGAAGCCUAAUAGCGGACGAUGCGAUAAUUGAGGAAGUAGAGGAAGGAGACUUUGAAUCUGAAGCUGAAGAAGUAGACACGGAAGAAUCGGACAGUGGCAGUAGUACCGAAGGCGAAGAGGAAAACGAUUCCGAAGGUGAAUCCAGAGCCACUGGGGAAAUCACUUACAAUUCAGAGAGCGAAGAUUCUGAAGAAUUAGAUAAUUUAGAAAUGGAGGAAAAGGACAUACAGUGUUUCGCUAUAGAACAUCUUCAAGAAACCAAAGACACAGAAACAGGGAAAAAUGACGCGGAUCUGUCGGAUGACGACGGGCCUCCAAUUCUCAGUCCCAUAAUGCCCAUCCUUCAAGAAAACAUAUCCGAGGAACAGUCGGGAGGACACAAACUCGACACAAUAGUAACUCCGGCUGAGAAAAGAAUAGAAUUAUGUAAUUCGUCGGAAAUUCGAAAUCAGUCUUCUCCAAAGUCAGUGAAUUUCUAUGGGAAAAGCAUGUCUGCUGAUGAACCUUUGACCUUUGAGUCCGAAACAUUUAUAAAUCAAAGCGAUGAAGACUUUGAAGACACAAAACACGAAUAUGACGAAAAUUCUAUUGAAGAAAAUAAGGAUCACGAUGAAAUUGAAGAGAAUGAAGAGAAUGAAGAGAAUGAAGAGAAUGAAGAAAAUGAAGAGAACGAAGAAAAUGAAGAGAAUGAAGAAAAUGAGGAAAACGAGGAAAACGAAGAAAAUGAGGAGAAUGAGAGCAACGAGGUAAACGAAGAAAUCGAAGAUAAUGAUGAGAGUAAUGAGAUGGAGGAAAAUGCAGAUAACGAGGAGAGCGAAGAUAGUGAAAAUGAAGAGAUCGAGGAGAGCGGCGAAGAUAGUGAAAAUGAAGAGGAGGAUAAAGAAGAAACAAUGCAGUUGGAUGAUUUGGAAGGUGCGGUUUUGAUGAUGACCGAAGGAAAUCAAAUACUGAUUCAACAGAAUGUGUUAGAUGACGAUAACGAAAAUACAAAUCAGGAGUACGUUUAUUCUGCGUUCGCGUACAGUUCGGAGGAGGACAGUGAUGAUGCAAGGAAGUGAGUGCCAAAUUGUGAUUAAUUAACUUGAAACAAAUACGAGGUGAGGAACGGUGUUAGAUGUUUCAGUUAUCAAGAAUACGUGGAGAUAGGAAAAUCGAGAGAAACUUGUGCUGAAAAUCAAUUUUUAAACGUCGACUAUUCAAAUUUCAAAUCGGCUGGGAUGCGAAAAACUUUGAACUCUACGGAAACGUCCAAGUGUUGAACAUGAAUUGUAAAAAUCUUAAGAACUAUUUAUGUAUAUAUUUACAAAAAUUACAUAUACUUUCGACGCAAGGAUUAGUGUUGUACUUGAUCCACAAGUAAGGUUACUCACAAUAUGUCCACGUAUUCUUAAAACGUAUCGAAGGUAAUCGGGAAUUUGUAUUGCUUUAUUCUGUAUAAAAAAAACACACACACACACACACAGAGAUCAACUAUUACGUGAUAUGUACCUUGAAAUUUACGAAAAUUCAUGCGAAUGUUGCAAGAACUUGUAAAUAUGUUGAAUUAAGUGGUAAAAUUAGCUUUCGCAAAUCUUCUGGUAGGGGAUCGUUCUUCUUUCAUUAUUUCGAAAUAGCUAGAAAGAGGGAUUAUCAGUGACACGUGUAAUAGCGAUAUUGUAGAAUUCUAUAGAGAUAUCAAUGAAUUUAACGUAGGAUGAUAUGGGAAUGGACUAAACAUUCAUCCAAUGGACACAAAGGGAUUGGAUGAGGGCUUGAAGUAGAGUAAAACCGACCAAAAUCAGUGUGAUGUAAUAGAAGAACAUCCUCUAAGCACCUGGGUCACAGGGAUGGCAAACUCUUCCAAUGUGUUUGGGUAGAUUGCUUUCUGCGGAUAUAAGACCACUUUCCUUCAAGACGAAACUUUACAAAUUGCAGAAGGAUUAGCACCUUUUAACAAGAUAUCAUUUCGAUUGCAAAUGACUUGUGCUAAUUAAAUGAAUCAAGAAAAUCAUGCGUAUCGAUUUUUAAAUAAUUAAUUACGAAUAAAAAAAAGAAAUGAUUUACGCGCACCUUGUUAGUUAAUCGUGCGAAGUUCGAUCCGCCAUCCCUUGCCUUAGGAAAUUUAUUUAAGUUUUUACAGAUUUCGACUCUCGCAAGCGCAGAUCCGAUUCGACCUCAAAUUAUUUUUGAGGUAAAUCGAUCGGUAUCGAUAUCUAAUUUUCAAAAUUUUUUCUAUAAAUGUUUCCAAGCGAAAAUAGUACAAAGAUAGCAAUAUUGCAGAAUUAUCGUAAUGUUAGAUAAAUAA